GUGUAACUCUUUUGUGUAUUGGAAGAAAUCAGAAGAAAAAUGCAUUCUUGUGGUUACAGAGCGAAUGCUUUGUUAACCUUCGCCAUAACCAUUCUGGCCCUUAUGUGUGCCAUUGCUUCUCUCUCUGACAACCUCAACUCUCCCUCUCCCUUUGCCCAAGUCCAGGUCUUGAACAUUAACUGGUUUCAGAAACAGCCCAAUGGCAACGACGAGGUCAGCAUGACAAUGAAUAUAUCAGCAGAUUUGCAGUCUCUUUUCACAUGGAACACAAAACAGGUUUUUGUAUUUUUAGCUGCUGAGUAUGAAACCUCUAAGAAUUCCGUGAAUCAGUUAUCGCUGUGGGAUGGCAUAAUUCCUUCUAAAGAUCAUGCUAAGUUUUGGAUUCAUACUUCCAAUAAGUACCGCUUCAUUGAUCAGGGAAGGAAUUUGCGCGGUAAAGAAUUUAACUUGACAAUGCACUGGCAUGUUAUGCCCAAGACUGGCAAAAUGUUUGCCGACAAAAUUGUCAUGCCAGGGUAUCGAUUACCAGAGGAAUAUAGAUGAAGCUUUCAUAUGAUGUUGAUGUAUUGCUGUAACUUUAGCCUUUUCUAACGGAUUUAAAGUUUAGCCGAAAAAAUAUAACCUGGGAAAAGAGAUAUGAUGUUUGGCAUAGUUAAAAUGAAAGAGUUUGAAUACUUGAAUGUUAGAAAAUUUGCAUGUGUUAUGUUGUUUAUUGAACAUUUUUUAAAAU